GCCGCAUCCUAUAUCGCGCUUCUCCGUCGUCAGCAACGCCAAAAACAAGGCAGAGCCCAAGCCGCCGUGGACCAGUGUACUGAGCGGCCGAGACAAGAACGGGAACAGCACAUAUGCCGACUGCAUACCUCUCUCUCUCUCUCUCUCUCUUCGGCGUCGGCGGAGGCGGCUCUCUCGAGACUCGCCAUCCAGUCCGGCAUACACAGUCGGACGCGAGCCGCCGCCCGGAAACCACGACGCGAUGGCUCCUCGCUCGAGUCGGCGCAUCUAAUCCUUCGCCCACGGAGCCCCUAACACAGCGACAUUGCCAUUAUUUCUCGCAAUUUUCCCAAGUGAUACAUAGAUCGCGGGGAGAAUGAGUCUGUCCCGGCUGCUGCUAUCGCUGCUGCUGAUAGCGAGUGUCGCCAAGGCUCAGGACAAGGCGCAGGAGCCCUGCCCGGCGAGGUGCACGUGUUCGCCGCCGAGGACGGUCAGAUGCGUCUUUCAGAAGCUGAAUCGGCUGCCCAAAGUUCCCGCCAACACCAACGUCCUAGAUCUGCGCUUCAACAACAUAGUCGAGCUGCGCCCGGGCGACCUGCACAACCUGAAGCAGCUGCACACGCUGCUGCUCAACGACAACCGAAUCCGCCGACUCUCCCCCUCGAUCUUCCAGUCGGCCCCGAACCUUCGCUACAUCUACCUCUACAAGAACAGCCUCGAGUACGUGGCCCCGGGAACGUUCUCCGGGCUGCCGAGACUCGAGCAGCUGUACCUCCACGCGAAUCAGCUCCGGAGAAUCGAGCCCGACACCUUCAACGACCUGCCCCGACUCGAGAGGCUGUAUCUGCAAAAGAACCGGCUGGAGAGGCUGCCCCGCGAUGCUUUCAGAAACGUCGGGCCCAUGACGAAGCUGAGGCUCGACAGCAAUGCCCUGGUGUGCGACUGCGACAUGGUCUGGCUGCUGGAGAAGAUGCGGGACAGGAUGGAGAUGGAGGCGGUCUGUCAAGCGCCCGAAGAGAUGAAGGGCAGGAGACUCGACAGGAUGACGCCUGCGGAUUUCCAUUGCAGUGAACCCGUGAUAAUGGAAGGGCCGGAGGACCUCGAGGUCCAGCUCGGCGAAACGGCGGUGUUCAGGUGUCGGGUCGCCGGUGACCCUCAGCCCAGCGUCAAGUGGAUGAGGGACUCGAACGAGGUGUCCGGCGACGAGGAGCGCUACUUGAUCAAGGACGACGGCAGUCUCGUCAUCAGCGACGUCAGCGAGAGCGAUGCUGGCCAGUACGAGUGCGUCGCGCACAACGAUAUGGGGGAGACCAAGUCGAGAUCGGCCAGGACUCUCGUGGUCGCGUCGCCAACGCCGAGGUUCAUUGAAACUCCCAAGUCGCAGACGGUCCGCGCGGGCACAGACGUGGUCCUGGUCUGUCGCAUCGAAGCGGCGGGGCAAACCGCCACGCACAUCGACUGGUGGCGAAACGGCGCCAAGAUCCGUCCCCACGCGCGAGUCCUCCUCGAGGACGGCAACAGCAGCCUGAAAAUCCUCGCGGCCAAGGAAUCGGACUCUGCCCGCUACAUCUGCCAAGCCCGCAACGCCCAGGGCUUCGCCGAAAGCAGCGCUGACCUGAACGUCGUCGGUAUCGAGUACAAGCCCCCCAGGCUCAUCUACGAGCCUCAGGACAUGGAGGUGGAGUUUGGGGCCAUUGUCGAGCUGCCCUGCAGGGCCGAGGGCCAGCCGCGGCCCAAGAUCGUCUGGAAGAAAGACGGCACACUGGUGGAGCUGGCCUUGGGGAACAGGACCAGGCUGUCCAAGCACGGCAGCCUCUACCUGUACAACGCUUCAGCGCUGGAUACCGGCAGAUACGAGUGUUCGGCAAGCAACGAUCACGGCCGAGCGACAGCCUCGGCCCUGCUCCGAAUCCGCCAACCGACCGCCAGCGAUGGGCUGGUCCUUCGAGCCUUCAACGAGGCUACCCGGGAGAUCGACAGGGCCAUCAACAACACCCUCGAGAUGCUGUUCAACCCGAGCUCAAGGUCUCGGGGCAACCCGUUCCAGCUUUCCAGGUUCCCCGAUGCCGUGGGCAGAAGAGCUGCCAGGCCCGCCGAGCUCUUUGAGAGAACUUUGCUGCACAUCAGGAAAAUGGUUGACGCGGGAGCGUUCGCCAAUGCUACCGAUGACUUUCGCUACGAGGAGAUUUUGACGCCCGAACAGUUGACCGAACUGGAGCGGCUCUCCGGCUGCACCUCUCACCGACGCACCGACGACUGUCUGAACCUCUGCUACCACAACCGCUACCGCACGAUGGACGGCAAGUGCAACAAUCUCGCGCAUCCAACCUGGGGCUCUUCUUACACCGGCUUCCGGCGAAUCCUCAAGCCCAUCUACGAGAACGGCUUCUCGCAGCCCAUCGGCUGGGACAAGUCCCGACUGUACUACGGCCACCCGAAGCCAGCUGCGAGGCUCGUGUCCACCAGCAUCAUCGCCACGGACGAGGUCACCGCCGACGACAAGAUCACGCACAUGGUCAUGCAGUGGGGACAGUGGAUCGACCACGACUUCGACCACGCGCUACCCGCGGUCUCCAGCGAAUCGUGGGGUGGCAUCGACUGCAAAAAGUCUUGCGACAACGCGGCGCCUUGUUUCCCCAUGGAGGUGCCACCCGGCGACCCCAGGAUCAAGAACCGCAGGUGCAUCGAUUUCUUCAGGACCAGUGCCGUCUGCGGCUCCGGAAUGACGAGUGUCCUCUGGGGCAAGUUGAGCCCUCGAGAGCAGCUUAACCAGCUGACCAGCUACCUCGAUGCGUCGCAGGUCUACGGCUACGACGACGACACCGCUCGCGAGUUGCGCGACUUCAGCAACGACCUGGGACUCCUGAGGGAAGGUCCGAGCUUGCCUGGUCGGAAGGCGCUGUUGCCCUACGCCAAUGGGCAGUUUAUCGACUGCAGGAGGAACGUCACCGAGAGCGACAUCAACUGCUUCUUGGCUGGGGACUUCAGGGUCAACGAGCAGAUCGGACUGACGGUGAUGCACACCGUCUGGAUGAGGGAGCACAACAGGAUCGCCAGGAGACUGCGGCUGAUCAACCCGCACUGGAGAGGGGAGAAGCUGUAUCAGGAGGCUAGGAAGAUCGUCGGCGCUCAGAUGCAACUGAUCACCUACCGCGACUGGAUUCCCAAAGUUUUGGGCGGCAGCUCGGACCAGCUGUUCGGCCCGUACCGAGGCUACGACAGCAACCUCGACGCCGGCAUCGCUAACGUCUUCGCCACUGCCGCUCUGCGUUUCGGUCACUCCCUGAUCCAACCGAAACUGGAGCGACUCGACCAAGACCUCCAGCCCAUACCGCAAGGACCUUUACACUUAAGAGACGCCUUCUUCGCCCCUUGGAGGCUGGUCGACGAAGGUGGCACCGAUCCUCUUCUCAGAGGCAUGUUCGUCACUCCCGCGAAGCUCAAGAGACCCGAGCAGAACUUGAACACGGAACUGACGGAGCAGCUCUUCCGAACAGCCCACGCUGUGGCUCUGGACUUGGCGGCGAUGAACAUCCAGAGAGGCAGGGACCACGCUAUCCCUCCGUACGUCGACUGGAGGCGCUACUGCAACAUGUCCCGCGUCGAGAGCUUCGACGAUUUGGCCGGUGAAAUCAGCGAUGCCAGGGUCCGGCAGAAGCUCAAGGAGCUCUACGGGCAUCCCGGCAACAUCGACGUCUGGGUCGGCGGUAUUCUCGAGGACCAGGCAGCCAACGCCAAGGUGGGGCCGCUCUUCGGGUGUCUUCUGUCCGAGCAGUUCAGGAGGAUGAGGGACGGGGACAGGUUCUGGCUGGAGAACCCCUCGACCUUCCAGCCGGAGCAGCUGGCCCAGAUCAAGAAGACGAGCCUGGCUCGAGUCCUCUGCGACAACGGGGACAACGUCACCAGGAUCCAGAGGGACGUCUUCCUUCUGCCCGACGCCGACAACAACUUCGUCGACUGCAACGAGAUCCCCUCGAUAGACUUGAGGGCCUGGUCCACUUGUUGCGAGGAGUGUCUCGAGCAGAGCGACCAGAGCAGCAACACCCUUUCGAGGACGAGGAGAAGCGCUGCAGCUGCCAAGUAUCUCGCGCCGGCUAAUGAACUCAAACUCGAGAAAACCGGACACGACAGUCGCGACGAGAAAAUCAAGUACGUGGAGCAACUCCUCGAGGACGCCAAUGAGGAGUACGGACGAGUCAGCAAAGUGUUGCGGGAACUGAGCCAGAGAAUCCGAGAGAUGAAACUUUUGCUCGACGAUGUGAAAAAUGUCAACUAGCUGGUCUAUAUGCUUUAAUCGCUGUUGCUUCGAUCGCGUGCAUACACGUCUAGUUUUAUGAGUCGUAGAUGUACUUUUUUUUAAACUACUGAGAUUGUACUCUAAGCUACUCCGUAUUAGAGAUUUAGACAAAGAAAUGCAAAUAAAUAUUUUGUAUCGUUUUAUACAAAUAAAUUAAUAUAAAUUGUAA